CUUGUUCCACACUUCAUUGACAGCGUGACCCGUCUAAACCACGCUUGACUAAGCCGCACCCGAUUAAACUGCGUUGCUGACGUCAUCAACAGGGCGACAACAGCCAGCGCGGAGAAAGAAGGGUGCUUUAAAUAACGCUUUGAAAGCAAGCCGAUUCAACUUAAGGCACUUGCCUUCUCUUUCAGACUUCUCUGCCAUUAUGGGGAGCAAGACCUUGCCUGCCCCAGUACCCAUCCACCCUUCCCUGCAGCUGACCAAUUACUCCUUUCUGCAAGCCUUCAAUGGCCUCCCGGCUGUGCCUUCAGACCACCUGCCCAAUCUCUACGGUUUCAGUGCCCUCCAUGCUGUUCACCUUCACCAAUGGACUUUGGGCUACCCUGCCAUGCAUCUGCCCCGCUCGUCUUUCUCCAAAGUGCCUGGUGUGGCUAGCUUAGUGGACGCCAGAUUCCAGUUGCCUGCUUUCCCGUUGUUCCCACACGUCAUCCAUCCCAAGCACGAAGCCGCAAACGUGCCGCUCAAGGCCAAGCCUAGAUUUGAUUUUGCAAACCUUGCUGUGGCUGCCACCCAAGAAGAUCACUCAAAACUCGGACAGAUCGACAACCAAGGCUCUUCUGCAGGCUUGGGCCCAUUGCUUGAAGUGACCAAACUUUCCCCCGAGAAGAAACCCACCCGUGGGAGGCUACCCUCCAAAACCAAGAAGGAGUUUGUGUGCAAAUUCUGUGGCAGACACUUCACCAAGUCCUACAACCUUUUGAUUCAUGAAAGAACCCAUACAGACGAGCGGCCAUACACAUGCGACAUUUGUCACAAGGCUUUCAGAAGGCAAGAUCACCUGAGAGAUCACAGAUAUAUCCACUCAAAAGAAAAACCUUUUAAGUGUCAAGAAUGCGGAAAAGGAUUUUGCCAAUCCAGGACUCUGGCUGUUCACAAGACGCUACACACACAAGUAAAGGAACUCAGACCUUCCAAAAUGAAAUGCUGAAGAUUUUAACCCCAACGAACUUCAUCUCUCCACUUUACUCUACAUUUUAGAUCAAAUUCUUCACCGAGACAAUGGGGAACACUCAACGUCGUUAAUUUAAUACUUAAAAAAAGUUACACGAAGAGAACCCACAACUCAACAUGCACAAACACGCAGUCAGCCUUUCCAAAACCUGGGUACUUCCAAGUGUAAAUCUUGCGUGACUUCACUAAACUUUACGUCAAAAGGUGGUGCUCAUGUAUUGGAGAGGAAUUUUUUGUCCUCGGUUCAAACGCAAACAACAAAUAGCUUUCUACCUCCCCGAUUACGUUUAUUCUUUCGCAAGUGACUUGUUUAAAAAAGUGCCUCCUUUAUAAACUUUGGGAAAGAAAAUCUAACUAAUUCCACAUUUGGGGGCACGGCUGAGAUGGCAGGGAAGAUCACUAAUAAAACUGCUUGGAAAGAGGCAACAUUAUGAAGGAGAUUUGUGCUAUAACGGGGGGGAGGGCUGCCAUCCUCUUCAGAAAUUAAGACUUCUGUCUUUGGUGGACAGGGUUUUUUUUUAAUGUCUGUGUGCGUGUGUGUGGGAAUCUCUUCUACAUGCUCCAGUGAGCAUCCUGUCGUUUCUGUUUAUUCGUGGUCUGGUGCCUUAGGAGGUAGUUUGUAAUUUGAAAGGAAAAUGGAAAGAGAAAAAUCAAAGCAAGCAACCAAUGCAAAAGCAAGAGACAAAAGGGAAACCUGAUAAUAAUAAAUCAAAAUGGACUAAUGUGCACAGUGUGGCCUUUCUUGGUGGUACCUUCAAGUGAGCAUGUGCCCAGGCGAUGGUGAACUGAGUUU